CAGUCACUAGUGAUCGAUCCGUAAAACCCACCAAAACCCCCUUUCUUCUUCUACACCUCUGCAACACUCGUUUACGUCUAUCAAUGGCGUCUGUUGCUUUCAGAAACCCUAAUUCGAGGCGCUUAUUUCACCUCUCUUCAAAUUUACGCUCUGCUUGUCGAGGAUCCGUUGUAUCCGCUUCUGGAUUCCCCACGGUUGAAUCGAUUUCUGGAAAUGAUACCUCACUGGUUCCUAAUCCUUGGUGGAGAUCCAUGGCCACUUUCACACGAACGAAACCUCAUGUUAACGUUGGAACAAUUGGACAUGUUGAUCAUGGGAAGACAACACUGACAGCUGCAAUUACAAAGGUGUUGGCGGAUGAAGGGAAGGCGAAAGCUAUUGCCUUUGAUGAAAUCGACAAGGCUCCUGAAGAGAAAAAGAGAGGAAUCACAAUAGCAACGGCUCAUGUGGAAUAUGAGACUGCUAAAAGGCAUUAUGCUCAUGUAGAUUGCCCAGGACAUGCUGAUUACGUUAAAAACAUGAUUACUGGAGCCGCUCAAAUGGACGGAGGAAUCCUUGUUGUUUCCGCACCUGAUGGACCGAUGCCACAAACAAAAGAACACAUCCUUCUUGCACGUCAGGUGGGUGUGCCAUCGCUUGUGUGCUUUUUGAACAAAGUUGAUGCAGUUGAUGAUCCCGAGUUACUAGAACUUGUUGAACUAGAGCUUCGAGAGCUUCUUAGCUUCUACAAGUUUCCGGGAGAUGAAAUUCCCAUUGUACGAGGUUCGGCUUUGUCGGCUCUACAAGGCACGAAUGACGAAAUCGGAAAGAACGCCAUUUUGAAAUUGAUGGAAGCGGUUGAUAAUUACAUUCCUACCCCUGAACGUCAAAAGGAGAAGUCGUUCUUAAUGCCCAUCGAAGAUGUUUUUUCAAUUGCGGGACGUGGCACUGUUGCCACCGGGCGUGUUGAACAAGGGAUGAUUAAAGUUGGUGAAGAAGUCGAGAUCAUGGGGCUGAUGCAGGGUUCCAAAAAAACCACUGUUACCGGUGUCGAGAUGUUCAAGAAGAGUUUAGAUCAUGGAGAAGCUGGCGAUAACGUAGGCCUUCUUUUACGUGGCAUAAGUAGGACCGACAUUCAACGAGGACAGGUGAUUGCAAAGCCCGGUAGUGUAAAAACGUACACGAAGUUCGAGGCGGAAAUAUACGUUCUUACGAAAGAUGAAGGUGGGCGUCAUACAGCCUUUUUCUCGAAUUACCGACCACAGUUUUAUUUGAGGACUGCUGAUGUAACGGGAAAGGUGGAGUUACCCGAAGACGUAAAAAUGGUUAUGCCCGGAGACAAUGUGACUGCCGCUUUUGAACUUAUUACACCCGUUGUUCUUGAACCAGGACAAAGAUUUGCGCUGAGAGAGGGGGGACGAACGGUGGGUGCGGGAGUAGUUUCGAAGGUGAUAAGCUGAUAAACGGAUAAAAGGAAAAGUCGCGUUUUCUUUUAUUUUGUCGAGUUGGAGGAGGUAAGAAGGAGACUUAAUUUUGCAACAUUUGUUUGUUGAAGAUUAUAUUCAAGUGUUUUGCAAUUCUCAUGUUAAGUUUUAGUAGAAUAAUAAUCAAAAACACAUUUAUCUCUCGAUACGUAGUGAGGUAACAAACCCGACCCGAAGACUGUUUCGUGUAAUUAAGAAUUUGCAUUCUGAGGUUUUAUUCUUUGUAACAACAUAUGGUACUUUUUUAUGUGCAAUGAUUUUACACUUUUUAU